UGCGCUGCUCCGACUUCUAGUUCGUUGCUAAAAUCACCUCUGCAGUCUACGGGAUUAACGCCUUUGACGCGACAAGUCACCCCGCCAAUUCAAGAAUCCGGCGGCGUUCCAGACUCUUUUUGCAGCUAUAAGACCUGCUGCUGUAUGGAGAAUAGCGUCACUGUGUUGCAACGUUUAGAAGACGACGAAUUCCAUAUCACCGAACUCUCGAUCGAGGGGGUGGUCCAGCUGCAGAAAUGGGUUAUGUUUCAAUGUUGUUUAGCCCUGGACUGUCCGAUAUGCUGUUUGCUCCCUCGAGUACAGGCCCUCAUUGUCGUCAUUUGCGACCGUCUUACCGAAAUAUUUGAGUGUCUCUGUAAAAGACUCCACAACUCAGCUGCAGGACUCAAUGAGCUUGAAAGUCUCGAGAGCCAACCUCUCCCUUCAACAUCAAUCGUUACAGGUAGUUCGUCAACCAAUCGUCACUCACAGCUAUAUUGUAGCUCAACUCGAGGACCGGCAGAGCUAGCAUCAUGCAAUUCUGCCAUUUUCUCUAAUAUUCACGGGGAGAAUUACAUACCCCAAGAGCAGCUGCACAUGAUGCGAGGUCUAUUGAAUCUGCAGAUAGAACAUUUUCGAAGCUUGCUGAAACGCGUAAAUGGCGUGAGUCAAGUCUCAGGGAGUGAAGCGCGCCAGGCAAAAGUGAAAACAAUGAUGGCAAGGUUGGAUAUAGCGGAUACUAAGAUAAACCAUGUUCUCUCUCUAGUGUUAUAACUGAUCCGCGUGUAGCCAUGCUGGACCUAUGGGAUGGGGUUUGUUUGUUUGUUUGUUUUAUUAUUAACGUCCACUAAGUAAGCUAGUUACAUAAGUCCUC